UUGUAUUUUCAGAAUCAUGUCUCGAAUUAUGAAAUUAGUGGUGUUCACUGCACGCAACUCCAAUAUUGGACAGACGAAACAAGGAUUAAAUUGUCUUGGACUGCAGAAAAUGAUUUCUUCUAGAACUUUCAGCAGUGACGACGGUCCAACUCAUUCUCCUGACAAGAAAGAGCCCUGGAUUCCAGAAUAUAUUGAAAAGUUUGAUGAACCCCUGGAGGAGAAAAGAGCUCGUCUUCUGUAUCAAUCUAGAAAGCGUGGAAUGCUAGAGAAUGGAUUAUUAUUAGGAAGUUUUGCUAAGAAGUUUUUGUCUGAUAUGGACCCAGAGAAGUUAUCCCUUUACGACAGGUUGAUUAACUUGCCCUCUAAUGAUUGGGAGAUCUACUACUGGGCUACAGAAACCCGACCUACUCCGGAGGAUUUUGAUAAUGUUGUCAUGGAUAUGCUCAAGGCGCACGCUAAGAAUGAGAACAGAGAAUCUAGAAUAUCUCUCCCAGGUCUAUAGUUCUCUUCGUGCAUACUUAAUAUCCAUUCAACCCAAACUGAACCAGUUACUUUAAACAAAUUUAAUUGCAGAAAAAA